GGUCGCCCAGCUGAAGGCGCGGCGCGCUCCGCUGCUCGCCCGCGGGGCCGCCCCGCCGCCGGGCCAUGGCCGUUCGCGGCGGCAACGCCCUGACGCCUUUCUCCAUCCAGGCCAUCCUCAACAAGAAGGAGGAGCGCGCCCGCCACGCGGCGGGGCGGCCGCCGCCCCCGGGGGCUGCCGGCGGCUGGCGGCUGUGCGGCGCCGCCGAGGACCCGCCGCUCCCAGCGCCCGCCGCCCGCGCCCCGGCCCCGCGGACGCCGGCGGGCUGGGAUUCGGACUCGGCGCUCAGCGAAGACCCAGAGGGCGAGCGGCGCUCCGAGGAGGAGGGCGCCGGUGGCAGCGCCCGCCCCGCGGAAGCCACGGUCGGGGGGCGGCCGGCGGAGGAGGCGCAGCCCCCGGAGACGGCGGAGCGGGACGCCGCCGGCCUCAGCGACAGCGAGAUGUCGGCCGCCGUCUCAGAUCGCAGCCCCCCGGACGAGGAGGACGGAGCGGGCAAGUGCGGGAAUUUGAUGCCGGGGGAGGAGGAGGCGGCAGCGCCGAAGCCGCGGAAGAAGCGCUCCCGCGCAGCCUUUUCCCACGCGCAGGUCUUCGAACUGGAGCGGCGCUUCAACCACCAGCGCUACUUGUCGGGGCCCGAGAGGGCCGACCUGGCCGCCUCACUAAAGCUCACCGAGACGCAGGUGAAGAUCUGGUUUCAGAACCGGCGCUACAAAACCAAGCGGCGGCAGAUGGCCGCCGACCUCCUGGCAGCCGCCCCCGCCGCCAAGAAGGUGGCCGUCAAGGUGCUGGUGCGCGACGACCAGAGACAGUACCACCCCGGCGAGGUGCUGCGGCCGCCCUCGCUGCUCUCCCUCCAGCCGUCCUACUACUACCCCUACUACUGCCUGCCCGGGUGGGCUCUGUCCACCUGUGCUGCAGCCGCCGGCACACAAUGAGGGGCACACAUACAUAUCCCGCUGUCCCCGACCCCCCUCCCGUGCACACUGGCAGCCAGGAAACCCAUCUCCCCUCUACCAC